CGGCUCUCGCGAGACUUGCCUGGAAUCGAAGCGCGGGGCCCGACCUUAAGGAAAGUGGGAGCUGCGGGUGGGGAACAUGUCGGACUCCGAGCUCGGCAGGAAGUGGGACCGGUGCAUGGCGGAUGCGGUCGUGAAGAUAGGUACUGGUUUUGGAUUAGGACUGGUUUUCUCACUUACCUUCUUUAAAAGAAGAAUGUGGCCCUUAGCCUUUGGUUCUGGCAUGGGAUUGGGAAUGGCCUACUCCAACUGUCAGCAUGAUUUCCAGGCUCCAUACCUUCUACAUGGAAAAUACGUCAAAGAGCAGGAGCAGUGACUUCCACCUGAGAACAUCCCAGUGGGAGGAAAAGAGAAAUCCUGUCUACGCCUCAGGAAUACUGAAGUGCCCUGGAGUAAGCUGACAUUCUUCUGUAGCAAUGUUAUCAGUAAUGCUUUCAACUCCA